UGGAUAAUGUCGUGUCUUUUUACGUUAAAUAAAUUUAGUUUAUUUCACUUUUUUUUAAUAAAUUUAUACAAUGGCGUGCUACGGAUUCAGCCCUUUUUGUAGACAGUGUUUUGUCGUGAUCGGCGUAUCAAUAAACCUAUCGCAGUACGGGAUGGUCUUCGGAUUCACUGGACUGUUACUUCCUCAGCUGCAAGACCCUGCUUCGUCGGUGACCAUUGAUCAAGACGGCGAGUCAUGGAUAGCUGCCCUGCCCAGUCUCGGUCUCCUUGUGGGGAACAUGAUAAUUCCGACCAUCAUGGGAAAUUUGGGAAGAAAGCGCGCCAAUAUAAUCAGCAUCACAAUCAUGACUGUGUGCUGGAGCUGUAUAAUUAUCGCCAACAAUCUUACCACAAUCCUCAUCGUGAGGUUCUUCCAAGGUGUCUCGUUAGGCAUGGUCAAUUCUCUCAGUCCUAUCGUCAUAGGCGAGUGUACCAGUCCCAAAAACCGUGGGGCGUUUUUGACCACCCUUUCUCUAGUGCUAUCGAUUGGAACGCUGUUAGUGCACACGGCAGCAUCGUUUCUGAGUUGGAGAGAGACGGCAACAAUUUGCACUGCAAUAACAGCCUUUGAUUUGGUGUUGAUUUUGUUCGCUCCCGAAUCUCCAAGUUGGCUGGCCGUUAAAGGGAGGUAUAAUGAAGCCAGGAACGUGUUUCGAUGGCUGAGGGGAAACGACGAAGACGAAGAAAUAGAGAGAAUAAUUGAAGCUAGUGUUGUAACAUUGCGUGAAACUAACGCUAAAAGUAAUAGUUUUGUAUUAAACAUAAAGAGAACUAUAAUAGAUUUUCAUCGAACAAUGAAAGAGGAAAGCUUUUAUAAGCCAAUCCUGAUCGCCGUCCACGUGUAUACCUUGGGCACCUUUUCAGGUGUAAACAUUCUGACAUCUUACGUAAUUCUCAUUACCAAAGAAAUAGCCGGAUCGGAAAUCAACAUGCCUAUAGCGGUCAUCACAUUGGCGGUCCAAAGACUAAUCACGAACGCUGUAGCUGUUGUUCUAAUGAAAAAAGUUAAAAGGCGAACCACUUUAAUUUUGACAACUAUAAUGAACAUUGCUUCUUUAUUUGCCGUCGCAGGAUACGAUCUCGCGAAAACGUGUAAUUUAUUCGAGAAUUCAUUACUCGGUUUCUUGUUGUUACAUAUUUUGAUGUUCUCUAUAUCGUUAGGUGCUCUGCCAUUAACUUUCAUUAUAAUCGGUGAACUUUUUUCAUUGAAAUACCGGAGUAUAUCCGCCGGUUUGAGCAGCACAUCUCUGUCUGUUCUGUUCUUUGUCACUUUAAAAACUUUUCCAUGUCUAUUCGAUAAUAUUGGUUUGUACGGUACUUUUUUUCUGUACGGAUGUGUUCUAGUGUAUUGUUUGAUUGUAUUGUGGGCGUUUCUGCCGGAAACCAAAGAUAAAACUCUUCAAGAAAUCGAAGAGGGAUUCAAGAGUAAAUCGCAAAACGUUGAAUUGAAGGUUCUACGGCCAUUGAUGGACAGCAAAUAGUGUGUAAAUUCAGAAGGGUUUUGAAGACUGCCCCAGCAAUUAUAUACGUAUGAAUGGAUAUAAAGGCCGAUAUCUUUGGCACGCUGUAGUUCCUUCGAUUUAAAAUUUGAUAUAAAUCGAUUUGUACAAGCGCUCACCGAAUGGUGGAAAUUCGAACAUAAUCUGUGUAACCUCAAUGUUCACAUUUAGUUAACGUGUUACGUUUUCAAACUGUUUGUCCUCGACUAUUUAUAAAAAAAAAAAAAACAAUUAUUAUUUAAACAAAAAAAAAAAGCAUUCACCAACAGAGUACAAAAUGGUAUUUAACCGUCUUUUUUGGAGAAAAUGAAAUUGCUAUUUCCAAAAACCUGUAUUUAUUUGAAUUUUAAAGAAUAUCUAUGCUACUAAUGAAAAAGUAACUAAUGAAAAAGACAAUAAUCGUCAUGUAAAGGAGAAAAUGGUAAUUAACUGUUUUUUCCGUUAAUAAAUAGACGGAUGUAUGUAGUUGCGAGGUGUUUUAGAUUUGUCUUGUUGUAAACAGCAGGCGUUAUUUAAAAGUCGAGUCUGCGAUGAUUAAAAUGCUAGUUAUAAACAAAUCGUAGGUCGUAAUAAGACAGGCAGAUUAAAGUUAUAUCGCAUGUA